GGUAUUGUAAUAUCCUAAAUUUUUCUAAGACCUUAGAAUUUAAGUUAGGGAUUUAUGUGGGAGAAACUAUCUUCUGCAGGGCCUAAUGGUCACAAAUUUCAAACUUAAGGGGGGUGGAGUUUAAAAAAAAGGGGGGGUGCGGGUUUCAGGAGUAUAAACUCCCGAUUUCCCCUAUUCUUCUUUUCUUCUUCUUGUUUUGAAACCCUAACCCAUCCCCCACAAUCCCUCAUCCUUCACCAACUCUCAUCACCAAUCCUGCUCCUCCAAACCCUCUCACCCACAUCUCAUAAAUCCCCUAAGUAGCAGCUCAUUGUUCCCCACUCCACCACAGUCGCGUGUCGCCUUCGGCAGCCCUGGUUUCCCUUUUUGACAAGCAGACGCUAGCCCCCCCUCAAGUUCCUGUUGUCUUUGCCUUUUGGGUUUCCAUUUUAGGAGGAACUGUCUCUCUCUCUCUCUCUAAAUUUUCUGGUAAGAUGUGAGCAUGAAACCAAUCUUUGUUUGUCUAGUGUUUUGCUGCUUGAAUCUUGGCUGCAUUGCUGCUGCAUUUUUCUUGAAUCUUUGUUGUUUUUUUUCUGCACUGUUUUAGCUUAGAGAAUUUUGCAUUUUCCUGCACCUUCCCUUGUUGUUUAUACACUGUUUUAAACCAAAAAAUUUUGCAUUUUUUUGCAUUUUCCUUGCUGUUUUCUGCCCUGCUUAACCCAGAAAAUCCUGCUGUUUUUGCCAUAAAAUUCUGCUGUUCACCCAGAAAAUUCUACUAUUUUGCUUCUGUUUUUGUUGUUGUUUUGACUAUAAGAAUUAUGCUGUUCUUGUCAAAAAUUUCUACUGUUUUAAACCAUAAAUAGCUGCUGUUUUGCCCAUAAAUGCUGUUGUUGCGUGUGACAAUGAGAGUUGUUUUAAGCAUACUCUAAGUGUGGUUAAACAUAUUUAUAUGUUAAUAAGAUUUCAAAGGGGUAGAAAUAGUAAGGGUGUGUAGGAAGAAAUUGCUACCUUGGAUAGAAACUUGAUUUUGGGAUUAGAAGCCAAUUUAACUAAAUGGGGUACAUUGUAAUCUUGUUUGUUCUUUAAUGUGGCAUAGGUUCUAAGUCACCACCAUCUCCUUGAAACCUUGAAUACUUGCUGUUGUAAGCCUACAAGAAGAGGUACUAAAACCAAAGACGUGAGAAAACUGAGGGGAGUGACGAGCUAGAAGGCUAGCCAUUUGUGUUUCAGGCUUAGAUUAUCUUGGAGUUAGACUAACCACAUAUAUUUGGACUUAGCUUAUUUUGUAAUUAGGUUUGCAAAAUAAAUUUUUUUUUUUAGAUUUUUGCAAAAUUGUUGCAUGGAUUGUAGUUAUGAAUUUAAUAAGUUCCGAACCUUGUGCAUUUAUGGGAUUCUCUCACAAGUGUACGGCGUCUGUUUUGCCCUUGGAUUUGGGUUCUGGGGCGUGACAGGUAUCUUGGAGUA